CAGUCCUGGCAACAGCAAAUCCUACUCUGGCAAUAGAAAACCCUGCGGACAACUUCCGUUUGGGUUUCCCUCCUACGCUCGCGUCUCGCGACGACUGAUACCUACGAGAGCCGAAAAGCACAUACCAGGCGAAGAAGAAGAAGCAAUCCGAAACCCUAACCCUAAUCCCCGACUGGUUUAUGUUCUCAAAAAAUUCAACCGAAACAAUCAGUCGUAUUGAAGAAAAAUGGCUGCUUUGGCUUUCUCCGCAAGUCUCUUUUCGACGAACAAGGUGCGGUGUCGUCGUCUGCCCUGUAGAAAAGCUGUCGUGACUUGUAAUUUGGGAGAGCCAUUAAAGUAUAUGUACAAUGGGAAGCCGUCUGUUCCAAUCAUUGAGGGUGAACAAGUGACUUUCCCUAGUUUUUUGGUUUCCGAUCGACAAGAAGCAGAUCCAUUCAAGAAAAACGACACCAGGCUCCGUAUAUUCUCUGGAACAGCUAAUCCUGCACUUUCUCAGGAAAUAGCAUGCUACAUGGGUCUGGAGCUUGGGAAGAUCAAGAUAAAACGCUUCGCCGACGGCGAGAUUUAUGUCCAGUUACAAGAGAGUGUUAGAGGUUGUGAUGUAUAUCUUGUGCAACCCACUAGUCCUCCUGCAAAUGAGAAUCUUAUGGAGCUUCUGGUCAUGAUAGAUGCUUGCCGGAGGGCAUCGGCCAAGAAUAUCACUGCCGUGAUUCCAUACUUUGGAUAUGCUAGGGCUGAUCGAAAGACACAGGGGCGUGAAUCCAUUGCAGCCAAACUUGUAGCAAAUCUAAUUACUGAAGCAGGCGCAGGCCGUGUUCUUGCUUGUGAUCUUCAUUCUGGGCAGUCCAUGGGUUAUUUUGAUAUUCCAGUGGAUCACGUGCAUGGACAGCCUGUGAUACUUGAUUACCUUGCUAGCAAGGCCAUCUGUUCUGAUGAUUUGGUUGUGGUCUCACCUGACGUUGGUGGAGUAGCCAGAGCACGUGCUUUUGCAAAAAAAUUGUCUGAUGCACCUCUAGCCAUUGUGGAUAAAAGGCGUCAAGGGCACAAUGUUGCGGAGGUGAUGAAUUUGAUCGGGGACGUCAGGGGAAAAGUAGCAGUUAUGGUGGAUGACAUGAUUGACACUGCCGGUACUAUUUCCAAAGGAGCAGCUCUGUUACAUCAAGAGGGGGCUAGGGAAGUUUAUGCAUGCACUACGCAUGCCGUCUUUAGUCCUCCUGCAAUAGAAAGGUUGUCGAGUGGCUUGUUUCAAGAGGUGAUCAUAACAAAUACGAUUCCAGUGGCAGAGAAGAAUUAUUUUCCCCAGCUGACUGUCUUGUCUGUGGCAAACCUCCUGGGCGAGACCAUAUGGCGGGUUCAUGAUGAUUGCUCUGGUGGCUUUGAGCCCUAUUCCAGCUUGGGCAUCGAUUGAUGAAUGCUCCUACAUGUCCACUGAGGUGCUGAUGCGUUAUUGGAAGUGACCUAGAAACAAGAUUCCGAAUAAUUCCAGAGAAAAGUUUUUCCCAGUGAGGGAACCCCUGCUUCUUGUGUGUUUUUGUUUUGUCUAGUAUCAAUCUGUUGACAAAAAGUUAAACUUAUGUUAUAGCCUAGUAUAUAGCUUAGGAAGUCCUCUUGAUGCAAAGUGUUUGUAUAUCGGCAUCAAAUUCUGUCAGAUGGAAUUGCUUUUCAAUCUAACAUGAGUAGACAACUUUAUGUAUUUUCCCCCUCAAAUUUUGUAUUCCACAUAACUUUAGUGGCAUUGUUUUUCACCAAACUUCAAGAUCCAUUUGUUCGUAAAACAGUACUUUACAUUGUCUUUA